GUCCUGGUGGGGCCAAGCCAUGGCCACCCUGACCUUGUAUUGCUGAUAGUCCCGCUUCAGUUAGACUAGAGAUAUUCAGAGGCUCCUUCCAACCAACACAUCUUUUAUUGUAUAAUUUCCGGCCAAUUCUUCAGUCUACAAGGAAUAUUUUGAGUUCUAAUCCCAUUUUCUAGAACAUUUUCAUUUCCUCCCAUCCUGGUGUUAACCACAAACCAUACAAACAUAAUCUCUGUUCAUUUAUCCAAAUUAAUGACAAUUAUUAGUUAUACUGGGACUAUGGCAGAUCUGUGAGAUACAGUUGAAAAAUCUUGCCAGUUCAAUGAUGAAAACCAACUCUUGAGUUUCCUCUUUUAAACUGAUUGCACUCCCACAGAACUAUGAUUUGAUUUAGACCAUUUUGUUUCUGAAUUUGCUGCAGGGAGCUCUAAGUGGUGCACUGAGAGCUUAUGAUGUAUAAGAGUCUUCGCUAUAGACAGAUCGGUCUGCCACUCUACAGCAUGAAGGACAUGAAAGUGCCGAUGGCCAUCUGGAGUGGUGGAGUGGACUGCCUGGCUGGUCCCUGGGACAUUGCCCUCCUGCUCACCCAGGUCCACUACAAGGUGAUUCCCCGGUGGAACCACCUGGAUUUCCUACCAGGGCUCGAUGCAACCAAGGUUUUGUACCAAGAAAUCGUCGACAUGGUGAAGAAGCAUCUGUAAAGCUGCUGUUUUGAUCUGAUACGUUUUUUUAUUUUGAUAUGGUCGGUUUUUUAAUAUUAUGUAAGAUUAAUGCUAUCUUUAAAGGAUUUUGAAAUUUGUCAUCUGAAUGUAGUUGAUUAAAAUGUUCUGCUUUUAACUAGAGCAUAGGUGGGGUGGGGAGAGGAGUCUUUAUGCUAUUCCUGACUGGCACUUCAUUUCCUUUCUUUUUCCUUUUUUCCUCCUUUUUUUUAAUCUUUUUUUUCUGGUUUGUUUUGGGUUUUUUUCCCCUCUUUUUUCUUAUAUCAGCUAUGUUUAUUUGCAAAGUACAGGAAACAUAGAUGAGGAAACUGGGGUUUCAGACAUUUUGUUUAGACUAAUAUCAUAGUGAUCUGUUCUCUGAGACACAAUGGAUCCUGUGUAACCUUUCCCAUGUGGUCAGCUUUAAAGUGCCUGCAAUUCCUCUGAGACCUGGGGGUCUGGAUCCCCUUGUAACUCAGUUGAUUCCUAGCUUCAUCAGGGACACAAAAUUCACUGUUGCUGUCUCAGAGCUGGCACUGUUACCCGUGGCCCUUUAAAACUACCAAUGUGGAUCAGAAAGAGAUCUAACAGGUCUGUGGUGAAAAACCACAGCAAAAAUACA